UCAGAAAAUAAAAAAACUGAAACCAAACAAACAAACAAACCCAACACACAUGUUUCGUUUCACUGCACGCACAACACAACACAACACAAAUAAGCUGAAAAGUGCUUUUACUCUUUCUUCUUCUUCUUCUCAAACAAACAAACCAUCGCGAUGGCUUCUUCUUCACUACUUCCUUUUGCCUCUGAAGGGAUAUGUUACCCAACAUCAUAUGGAAUAACUUGCAAUUCAAUCAAAUUCCCUAUUGAUGGGAGAAGAGUGCAUGAUCUUACCAGCACAAGAUGCAAAAGUCCAUUUUUUGGAUCAUCACGCUUCUUUUGGCAAUCCACGGGGCAUGAUUUUGUUUCAAAGAUUGGCGUUGCUGCAGACUAUUCAGAUUCUAUACCCGAUUCAUCUAGUUACAUGGGUAAGCAAGGUUAUCAUCCUCUUGAAGAACUGAAAGUUUCCAACGAUCUUCCACCAGCUCGACUCUCUUCUGCUGAAAUAGCAAGAACUACUAUUGAGGCUAAUAAAAACGCUUUGCUAGUAUUUCCUGGAUCGGUACACUCUGAACCACAUGAACAAAUUUCAUGGGCCGAGUUUCAAUAUCUUAUUGAUGAUUUCGGAGAUUUGUAUUUUGAAAUAUUUGAUGAUGUAAACCUUUUGGAAGAUCGUGGUGCACACAAUCCAGUGAAUGCUUUGAUUGGAAUGGACAUCCCAAUGUAUGAUAAUAGAAGACCUAUUAGUGAAUAUGACAUUUUCAAUGGUGGCAUCACUGAUGAGUUCCCAUUUGAUGAAGAUUAUAUUGAGGUUCCGGAAAUUGAAGAGUCUAACGCUCCAGUGAAUUGGGGACUUUCAGAUAAUAGUAACCCAGUUCAUCCAAUUUACUUUUCGAAGUGCUUGGAAAAGGCUGUCAAUGUGGAAUAUGAUAAGAGAAUGGAUCAUCCUUCAAAUGGUGUUUCUAUUCUAGGGUACCUCAGACCUGCUUACGCUGAUGAAGAGUCUUACAUAAGAAUGAUAUAUCACACUGAAGAUGAUGAUGGAUAUAGCUCAGAUUGGAAAGAUUUUUACUCAAACAGUAUUAAUGACCAAAGAGACGCUAAUUUGAUACUCUAUAAGUUGGAGAUCGAGAAAAUCAAGCUACACUGUGUGUAUGGAUCUCAGUCUGAAAUUAGUUUACUAGAGUUUCAAGAUGCUGAACCUGAUAUUAUUGUAUACUCUACUUCGGCAAUUCUGGAACGUAUCAACCGAAACGGUCAUGAUGCUCUUCAAGCUUUUUGCAAAAAGAAAGGUCUUGAUGCUGAGGAAGCACAUUUGAUUGGGGUUGACCACCUAGGUGUGGAUGUUAGAGUACUUUCAGGGUCAGAAGUUAAAACUCAUCGCUUUGCAUUCAAAGUCCAGGCCAACUCAGGAUAUAUGGCUGAAAAGCAGAUUGUGCAACUUUUGUAUCCCCGGUCUCGGCGAAAAAGGAAUAUGCAGCAGUCAUUGCGGAAUCCUAAACCUCCAGCAUGAUUUGAGUAUCCCCACACAACUUUCUUUUAAUACACAAAAGUUUUGGCAAAGAGAAGGUAUACUCUGCCAAGGAGGAUACAGGAUCGAGAUAAUUAAACUUGAGCUUCACUAGGGAAGUAUUUCGAAUUACACUGGAAUAAUAGAUCCUCUGUUGGCCCCUUACAUAAAUUUUACUCGGGUUGAAAGAGGAUCACACGCUUUUCUCAUAGAUCUGACAUGUCGAAGUGUUAACUUUCUUUUUUGUUGACGCUAAUAAACGGUUCCGGUGUUAAUAGAUAGAACUAAUUUCUCAAGAUACCUUUACAGAUGAUUUUUUUAGUAUGCAAUUAUUUUAGUGUCAGUACAUUAUUUUUAUAGUUUUGGGGUUUACAAUACAACAUAUACAGAUGUUUCCCCACACAUUAUUUUCAAUAUUGUCGAAGUGCAUUUCAUUUUGGUAACAUCAUUAUCAAAUACAUUGUUUAUCUAUCCA